AGUUCGUUAGAUGACUUAGCCAAUCAAUAUAAGAUCAGAUAUGCACCAUUAAAAGGAAGUGCAAUUGAAAUGUAUUUCAAACGCAUGGCCGAAAUUGAAGAAAAAGUUUACGACAUUUGGAGUGAGAUGGCAAUGAAUGAAAGCAUGUCAGAAUCGGACCGCGCUCGAUCGUCAAUAUGGGAUUAUCCGGUUCCAGACAAGUAUACUAAGAUGUGGAGGUUCAUGCAACAGUCUAACUUACCAAAAAGCAUGGCCGAAGCCAUGGAUCUUGUUCUUAGCUCAGAAGAAGAGUUCGCAUACAUUGGUGAUGGCAUAGAAACAAAAUAUGCUGUUCUUACAAACUGUCAGGUGGAACAAGUUGGCUCGGGGUUUUAUGGCAAACCCUAUGCUAUUGCUGUACAGAAGGGACAUCACCUUAAAACUCGGAUUGACAAAGUCAUUAUGAGGCUGACAAAUGAGAGACAGCUUGAAGUUCUCGAGGAAAAGUGGUGGCACAAUAAUCCAAAAAGGGUGGUCUGCGAGGACAGAAGCAAUGGGGACAAUGGAAUGCCUCUCCAGAACAUCGGAGGAGUCUUCAUUGUUAUUAGCGCGGCUAUCAUUUUAUCACUAAUCACACUCACGAUUGAGUACCGCUACUAUCGUAAAAGCAGUGCAGAUGUUGAUCGUGAGACGUCGGUGGAGAAGAGCGGGCAAACGAAGCAAGCGCACCACGUACCACUCCAUUUGUAGAAGUGCGGCAAGUCGCGUCAGCUUACAUUACUUGUUGACAAUCAGAUCAAACUAAUGGUAUAAAAGGCCACUCAGCCGAAUGAAAUUGAUUGUUUUUGAAUCACUGUCGCUUCCUCUUCAGUGUGGCAACAGAAAGCAUAGUUGUUAUUGGACUUACUCGAUUGAUAUGUAUUCUAUUACAUGCAUAAGUUAAAC